AUGGAAGCUAGGCACCAAGCUGUUAGCACUAAGGAAGCCCCUAUACCUAGGGCGCCAUUGUCACAAGCAAUCAUUCACCCCAAUGGCAUGAUUUUCUGCUCUGGAGCGCUUGGACAAGACCCAACAACCCACAGAAUAGUAGAGGGCCCUAUUGGCGAUCGGACUAAACAGGCUUUGAAGAACCUCAGUGCCGUACUUGAGGCGGCCAACAGCAGCUUGGAGCACGUCAUCAAGGUCAACAUUUUCAUGACUUCGAUGUCUGAUAUUAGUGCGGUGAAUCAAGUGUACGAAAGAUUCUUUGUGUGGAAUCCUCUGCCCGCUCGCACUUGUGUUGCUGUCAAAGAGUUACCCAACGCCACAGACAUUGAAAUAGAAGCAGUGGCCUACCCGUGA